AAGACACAACAGAGCUCCGGGAUAAAAAGUUGCUUUGUGAAAUGGCGUUUCUGUGUGACAUCACGAGCCAUCUCAAUGCGCUCAACCUGCAGCUUCAGGGGCGGGGUUGUGUGAUCACAGACAUGUACGCUGCAGUGAGGGCUUUUAAAACCAAGCUGCGCCUGUGGGAGACGCAGAUGCAGCAAGAAAACUUGAGCCAUUUUCCGUGUUGCCAAACUAUGAAAGAGCAGGUAUCUACCGCAGUGUUCCCACGUGCAAAGUUUGCUGAAAAACUUAGCAUACUUGGUGCCGACUUCACACAGCGAUUUGCCGACUUUGAAGCCCAAAAAAGCAGGUUUGAACUGCUCAGUAAUCCAUUUGCAGCUGACGUGGAAAGCGCACCAACCAACAUACAAAUGGAGCUGAUUGAACUCCAAUGUAGUGACACACUCAAGGCAAAGUAUGACUCGGUGGGCGCUGCACAGUUUCUACGUUUCAUUCCCGACACGAUGCCCCAGCUGUUAUUUCUGUUCACAAAAAUAACCAUGAUGACAAAUGAAAAUAAAGUGGAAAUAAUAAAGCGAUCUAAAAGAGGGGAAACACCAUCGGUUACUGGAAAAGCGUUAGGCUACAGUUGGUCAACAACUGGAACUAUUUUAAAGGAUAAAGUUCCUGCCAAACCUGGCUACAGUGCUUCACUCCUUGAACUUACAGAUCGGAAGGAAAUGGCAAUGGACAAAGCAUGUGAGGUGGCUUUCCAAAGGCAAAGGAAAGGGUGA